AUGUCAAAUCUUGUUGAUUUUUCUCAGCCCUCGUUAUAUUACGCACUUGGACAUAUCUUAUUUAAUCCAAUUUUUUGGAAUACUGUUGCAAGAGCUGAAUAUAAAAAUAAAAUAUUAACAAAGUUAGCCGGUGGAAACGCAUAUAGGGGAACAUAUGGAUUAGCUAUCGUUAUUUUUACUUUAGGUCUUACGAGAGAUUAUUUGUAUCAUACUGCAUUAGGUAAUCAACCUACUCAUCCUUUUUUUGAACAAUACAUUAUUCAAAUAACCGCUGUACUUUUAUUCCUUACUGGAAAUACCCUUGUUUUAUCUUCUAUGUGGGCCCUUGGUGUUACUGGAACUUAUCUUGGUGACUAUUUUGGUAUUUUGAUGAAAGAACGUGUUACAGGCUUUCCAUUUAAUGUUUGUGAUAAUCCAAUGUAUAUUGGUUCUACCUGUACAUUCUUAGCUACUGCUUUAUGGUAUAAGAGUCCUGCUGGGGUUCUAUUGACUGCUGUCGUAUAUGUUGUAUAUAAAAUUGCUUUAACAUUUGAAGAACCUUUCACGGCUAAGAUUUAUGCUACUAAAGAUAAUAAGAAAAAUUAA